AUGGAGACUUUAGCCGGGAAAGUGGUUGAAGCCAGUGAAGCUGGAGAAGCCAUUAAUAUUGGGAGGUUAGCGUUUGGAACCACGCUAAGUUUGUUGUCCGACACCAUGUUCUCAGUUGACUUAAUUGAUCCAAAAUCAACUAUCAUUCAAGAACUAAAAGAGCAUGCUGGGACGAUAUUGGAGCUUGUCGGAAAGCCUAAUGUUUCAGACUUUUUCCCUUUACUAGAGACAUUCGAUCUACAAGGCAUCAGGCAGACUCUUAAGGACAUGUUCAUUGGAGGAACUUGUGCAACUACCACUACAGUGGAAUGGGCAAUGGCUGAGGUGCUUCGCAAUCCAGGAAUAAUGGCCAAGGCAAAACAAGAACUUGCUAAAACAAUCGGAUUAGGACGUCGAACCAUUCAAGAGAAAGAUAUCUUACCACUUCCCUAUCUACAAUCAGUCUUGAAAGAAACGAUGCGGCUUCAUCCAACAGCACCUUUGCUGCUGACUCAUCGUGCUUUGAUCGAUGUACAAGUUUGUGGAUACACCAUUCCAGAGCACACCCCAGUGAUCGUGAAUGCAUAG